AUGUCGUCAACGCCUCUUCUCUCGGCUGCCGGCGGCCUCCCCGGACCCAAUGUGAUGCAAGACCAUCCUGCCUUUCUCCGUGUCAGCCAUUCGCCAUGGCAAUGCAUCCCCCAAAACGUCCUCGUCGUCCUCCGAGGAAUGAUGCUGGCCUAUCUCACGGCCGUGGCGGCCAUGAUCGGCCACUACAAGCACACCGAGGAGUCCGAGGACAGCCCUUGGCGGCACCUGUUUGACUUUGGCCUGAUCAGCUACGCCCUCGUGUCAAGUUACCACCUCAUCACCUUUUCGUGGACCUUCACCCACCUGUACUACCCCGAUGCCGACGGCGUCCAGGGCGGCGUCGAGUCUUGGAUCGUCCGCGCCAUGUCUCUGCCUGCAAACAUGGGUAGUCUCCGCAAGCAAUUCUACUUCACCCUCUUCUACGCGACGGCCACGGUCUUUUCCUUCAUGAACUCGUCAGUCUACUGGUUCGUCACGCGUCAGCAUGACACGGCAGAGCUGCUGGUCGCCGCAGCCACUGCAACUGGCAAGGGUGCCUCGCCAGCGCUGCUCGUGGGUGACGGUCCCUUCAGCGACCUCUUCGGCGAGGGCUGGUUCAAGCCUUUUAUCAUCUGCAACUUGUACGGAGUCACAUCGGCCCUCAUGAUUCUCGAGACGAUUUUCCUGAACAGCACAAAGCGGCCUGCGACACAGGCUCUUGGAUCCCACUUCUUCGGCCUCGUGGUGUACACGGGUCUGUACCUCGCCUGGGCCGCGCUUGGAAAGGCUUGGACCGACGUCUUCCCCUUCUUCUGGCUCGACGAGGAGGAAGUUGGCUCCAAGGAGGCAGUGACGGCUUACUGCAUGGGCUUCGUGCUUCUGUCGCAAUUCAUGUACACGAUGAUGCUUGGCUUCGUUGGCAUCCGCGAGGGAGUAACCCGGUCCCUUGCCGAGCGCGCCGGUUCCAUUGAGGCUCUGGAGGGUUGA